GCAAACAAAGAAACAAAAAAAAAAAAAGAAGAAGCAAGAAGCUCGAAAAAAACAGUGAUAAUGGUAAGCCAAAGUCAUACGUCGAUGAUUCUCCUCUUCACCAUCUUUCUCUUCAUUUCCUCAUCAGUCUCAGCCCUUCACGUCCCUCCACAACUAAACGCAACAACGAACGAUCUUGAUUUCAUCAAAACAAGCUGCAACGCCACGACAUAUCCAGACGUGUGCUUCAAGUCUCUCGCCGGCUACGCUUCCGCCGUUAAAGACAGUCCGGCGAGGCUAGCAAGACUCGCAGUCGGAGUUUCUCUUUCUCAGGCCAAAUCCACGGUGGCUUUUCUCUCCAAUCUCUCACGCACCGCUUCUCAAGUCAGAGACUGCGUUUCGAGCGUGGAAGACGCAAUCGACUCUAUGAGAGACUCUCUCCAACAACUACGCGACAUGAAACGCGGAAAAUCGGGAGAGACGUUUAGGUUUCAGUUGAGUAACGUGCAGACGUGGAUGAGUGCUGCGUUGACUGACGAGGAGGAUUGUACGGACGGAUUUGAAGAAGUGUAUCAUGAAGAAGAAGAUGUUAUAAAGACGACGGUUUGUGAUCGUGUCCAGGAAUUGAAAAGGUUCACGAGUAAUGCUCUUGCUCUUGUUAACACUUAUGCCAACAAUGGUUCUCCAUGAGUUGAGAGAGACCAUGAGGAGUUUUAAUUAACUUUUUAAUUUCAUUGUCUAUUUUGAUUUUUUUUCCUUUAUUUUUGGAGCAAAACUCAAAACUGUCUCUUUCGAUAAUUUGAUAUU